GUCCCAACCUACAUUCCACUGUGACGUAGCUGUGAGAAAGUGCACGACCGGUCAUUAUUAUCCUAUUCUUAACUGCCCAACGGUCUGUGUAGAUAUUUAGUAGAUAAGGUUCUUAUAUUAGGAUACUCGUAUUGAAUAUUUGUGAAGAUUUUUUAGUUCAGACUAACUGUUACUCAAAUUAAGCGGAAUGGCAAACAGACCUAAAGGUUACGGAUUAACACAUGAAAUCAAUAGAAAGAUUGCUGGGAAAUAUGAUACAGAACUAGAACAAGAAGCCAGAAUAUGGAUAGAAGCUAUAUUAGGUAGAGAAUUAAAACCAGGCAGUGAUUCAUCUCAACCUUUAGGUAUGCAUGAUUUUGGAAGCGCUUUAAAAGAUGGUACAGUUUUAUGCGAAUUAAUGAACCAAAUUCAACCAGGCAGCAUCAAAAGAGUCAACACAACUACUAUGGCCUUCAAACAAAUGGAAAACAUCUCCAAUUUCUUACAAGCAAUAGAAAAGUAUGGUGUGUCUAAAGUGGACAGUUUUCAAACAGUAGAUUUAUAUGAGGGUCAAAAUAUGACUCAAGUGGUCAAUGGUCUUCAUGCUUUAGGUAGAAAGGCCCAGAAAAAUGGUUACAGUGGUCCAAGGUUAGGAUUAAAAGAAGCUGAAGCAAACCCUAGAAACUUUACAGAGGAACAGUUAAAGGCUGGGGAAGGAGUUAUUGGUCUUCAAAUGGGAUCAAACGCAGGAGCUUCACAGGCUGGCAUGAAUUUUGGAAAAUCGCGACAUAUUCUCGACUAAUUAUUUUGAUGAACCUAGAAUAACAAAUAUUUCUUACAUAUACAUGUAGAUCUACUCUUUGUACAGUUAAUAUUAUAUAAGACUCCUGGCAUCAUCAAACAAUAUCUGAAUUUUUACUAUUUGAAAUUUACAUAUGUAUAUAACUAUGUAUUGCAGAGUUUAGUCUGAACCAAAACAAUCCCUUUUUCUUAUAUGCACCUUUUUUAUUAGAGCUUAAUGUUGAAGAUCUGAAUUGAUCAAUAAAUAUCUUGAAAAUCUUGAAAGAUUUGAAAUGUUUAAAAUCUUGAAGAUCUGAAUUGUUUAAUAUCUUAAAGAUCUUAAAUGUUUCAAGUCUUGAAGAUCUGAAUUGUUCAAUAUUUUAAAGAUUUGAAACGUUUAACAUCUUGAAGAUCUGAAUUGUUAAAUAUCUUGAAGAUCUGAAUUAACCUUUCAAUAGUUUGAAGAUCUAAAUUGAUCAUUAUCUU